AUGGCCCCCCAGACGCUAAGCGGCGAGACCGUUCAAGAGCGAAAGCCGCUCCCGGCGGAGCCCGUGGCUCCGCUUCUCUCGGAGAAGAAAUCCGACGCUCCGACGCUUGACAAUGCAGAAAGCAAACCUGCUGAAAACACCCCAGCGCUGCAAUCUCUGCAGGGCUCCGUGCGGGUCCAGACAUAUUCGCCAGUGUAUGGCCAUCAGCAGGGAUCGACGCAGUCUGCUCUAGCGGCGUCUGUUCCUCGCCAUAGCGUAAACAGUCCUGCCGCAGGCUCCAGUGGUAAGUCACAAACAGUCUUUAUUCAUAAACUCUACGACAUGUUAGAGGAUGCUAGUCUCAGCCACUUGAUCUGGUGGACAGCACUGGAAGACUCCUUUUGUCUCUAUCCGGGCGAAGAGUUCAGUAAUGUUUUGGCCCAGUACUUCAAGCAUACAAACAUCGCCUCUUUCAUCCGUCAACUUAACAUGUAUGGAUUCCACAAGGUCAACGAGAGCUUCCAGACCGACGACAAGCACUCUGCAGCUGCUCCGCCUCCUCCAGGACAGUCUCCAGCUCCAAAAUGGGAGUUCAGACACUCCGCUAACCAAUUUCGUAAAGGCGACGUCGAGUCCUUGCGUCUUAUAAAGCGUAAAUCGCUGAAGCUGCUCCAGUCGCACAAGGAAAUCGUCAACUUAAAGAGCCUUCCACCCACCUCGGAUGCACCUGUCAAUGUUGACCAUAAGCCCCUAGCCGCAGGCCAUCAGGGCGCAAAUGCCGAAGCCCACAAUGCAGCACUCGCAAACCAGCAACACUACCAUCGUUCGCUCAUGCAACUGCUGUGGGAUCAACUUGCAGAAGCCACAGGUACACCUUCACCUAAAUUGCCUCAUAGACAGCCCGUAUACGCUCCUCAGGGUCUUAUCCCACACCCUCCAUACGCACACUACCCUGGUGGAACCGUGCUCAGCGUCCCGAUCCCUUUUUCGCCUCAUUCGCCCCGCUCACCACCACCACACGAACAACCUAAUUACGGCGUCGCUCUGCCUCUGCGGCAGCAAUUGGAAGCUCGCCAGUCUUCAGACUCUACGCAAGGAUAUGUUUUGGACCAGGCUAUUCACGUCAAGUUCAUUGAAAUUACUACGUCGUUGAAUAAUUUGAAAACCAACUACAAAGACCUACUCUCGAAGUACGACUCAUUGUACUCGCUUUAUCAGCGCAGUCAGUCGGACCUUUUGCAGCUUACUGAAGUUCUCGAAAAAACUCUCAAUAAAACCGGAGAACGCGGCUCUGAAAGUGACGACCUGCUGAUCGUUCCAAAGCGCGAGGAAGACCAGUCGGACCGCCUCAAAACAAAAACCCCAAACGUCGAUCGUUGCAAAACCCCUAUCGAAAAGCGGGCAUCGACUCUCGGCUCAGGCAUAGAUAUGGGCACUUCGCCGAUGUCAGACAAGACGCAGGGCCUGAAAUUGCUGGAGCUUAGUGCGUUCCGUGCGCAAUUGGGACGCAAAAUUGGCGCACCCGCCAUGCGUGGACUGAAGAACAUUAGCUCUCUGCAAAGCUACCACCUACACGAGCCAGUUCACGGAGCGCCAAAGAUUAAUAGCUACAAUAUCGUUCCUCAACACUACCCACUCAAUCCAAAUUACGGAUUAUACAGUUCAAGUUCCGAAGGAGCGAUCAGAAGACAUGUGCAGGCAGAUGAAGCACAGAAGAUGAUGCAACCUGCACCAAGUCGACAUGUCUCAGUGCUCAUGGAUCCACUUCAGCCUUCGCCUGGGCACGGAAUAAUCGGACUUUUGGGAAAGGACGACAAGGGCAAGGACAAGGAAGCCGUGCACAAAAACACUCCCGUGGUCUCAGUUGCACCCGAGCGCACGUCCAGCUCGACUUCUCAAACGUCUCAAACGCCUUAUGUGCAGCAGUAUCAGCCACUAGCACUUCAGGCCAACCCACUUUAUUACCAACACUACCAAAUGCGCCAAGAGCCUGCGCAGAUGCGAACUGCCUCGCUCCCCGUCGUUAGUAAUCCCUUGACGCAUAAAUUGGCUGAACAUGCUCAUCAGCGCUAUUCCUUGACUAAUAUUCCUGACCACCGUAGCUCUAAUCCACAGGAGGCAGACGCAUUGCGGUACUUGGUGGCCGCCAACUCCGCCAACGCAGCCGCAGCCGCAGCUGCUGCGGCUGCAAACGUCAACACAAACUCAGGACAGAUAUUGACGUCAAAUCCUGUUUCUGCAGCUCCGGCCAAUUUGCCCAGUGUGCAGCCUCCACUUACAUUGCAUCCUGAACAGAGCGCACAGCCUGCCCAAGGUCAAGGCAUACAGGCAACUCACGCAAUACCGGAGGGGCCUGUUCUUGCGAAACCUAAUUCUGAACAAGGACAAGGACGGAAUCAGCUUCCUUCCAUGCAAGAGCUCAACAAGUCGCUCAGAGGUGGACCUCUUGGUACAGGACGGGUGUAUGAUUUGUUGCCAAAUCAUGGUGAGCCCGAAGAUGUAAAACGUCGCAAAUUUGAGAGUUAG